AUGCGAGCCCUCACGCAGAGCGCGCUCGCGCCGCAGCCUCCUCCGCUGUUGUCCGCCGACGAGUUCUCCCUCGAUGCCAUUAUCCUGCUGCAGAGGUCCAUGCUCGAGAAGCAGUGCCAGCUCCCCUUCCAGGACGACGACGGCGGCGGCGGCGGCGAUGGCCACCAUGUGGGGGCCACUGGUUCGGCCGAGGACGGUGACGGCAAGGACAGGAGCAGCUCCGUCGUUGGGGCGCGCUCCGGCGUCUCGGCGAGGCAGUGGCGGAUGAGCGGUCGGAGCCCCGAGCUGCUACAGAGCAGAAACCGCAUCUACCUCGGCGGCACCGUCAGCAAGGAGUUCCUCACGCACAAGCAGGUUGUCCACCUCUCUAAGAAGAUCAAGGACGGGAUAUGGCUGCAACAGCAAAGAUCAAAGCUGAAAGAAAAACUGGGGAAUGAGCCGUCGUACAAGCAGAUGGCGCAGUCACUUCGGAUAUCGACGCCGGAGCUGCGGUCAAUAAUGUGCGAGUCGUUCCUCGCGAGGGAGGUGCUAACGAUGAGCAAGAUCCGUUUGAUCAUAUCCAUUGCCCCUCCCAAAUUCCUCAGCUUAUGUCAAAGUUAGUUCUAUACUGUAAGUUACUUCAUUUUCCCUUUGUGACUGUUGGGAUUGAUUCCCUUUCAUUUUCCCUCCACACAUGAUGCCUUUCCUUCCAAGCUUCCCAUGGUGGCUACCAGGGGCAGAACAACCAUGAGUAUGCCUGGCUUUGCAACGUGGAUGAUUUCUGUUGGUGGCGUGCUACUCGUUCUCGGCGGUGCGGGUGCCUACUACCUCGGUCCACUUUGUCCAUUCCACUCUCAUCCCUCCGUAAGUUAUGUGUUUGUCCUGUCAGAUCCAAGAAAUCGGUCAGUUUUUUAGUGGGCACCUGCACAUUUGUGUUUAUCAGAUCCGUGCUGCCCUCCGUAAGUUACAUUUGUGUGACUGAAACUGUGGUAUCUCCUAAACAUGUGAAUUUGUGAGACGUGUAAUAACGAAUCGGAUGUGGAUCUGCAAACUAACUCGUGAACUGCUGAAGCCUUUUAUAAUUGAUUCUCUGUAGAGGCUUUUAUUUCAUCUAUGGUACUCCAUCUCCUCGGGUUGUUACCAGAUUUGUCAUUCAAUAUUCACACCAUUUUCUCAUUGUGGUCUCUGUCAGAUUUUUGUACAUGGCAUGAUUUGAUGCAAGGUAAGUAGAGUAGCAUGAUUAAGCAUGGCUAAAUGCCUUAUUAUGGAGAAAACUUCUCAAGUCCCACACUCAAUGAAUAAAGAUAAGAUUUUCCUCUUUGUUGUAUCAAGAUUAGAGACAUCAAGUACAAUCUACUUUAUUAGUUUGUUAGCUUGGUAAUUCAAUCCAGUUCAUUCUCAGUUACUCAAUGUGCCAACUCUCU